CAUAAAGGUCAACCCUGCACCCUAAACAGCUCAGAGGGAGGAGCCAGACCAGCAGUACCUCAUACCCUGCCCUCUUCUGCCCUGGACAGGUGGCUUCAUAAUGACAACUCCAUAAUGGCAGUGGGUGAGGCCUUGGUGCACAUCAGGAUCACUCUUCUGCUACUCUGGGUUGGGAUGUCUCUGUUCAUUUCUGGCCACUCUCAAGACAGGCCCUCCCAGCACUUCUCCUCCCCAGAAUUGGUGGUCCCCUUGAAGGUGACUGGCAGGGACAGAGGUAUAAAGGCUCCAGGCUGGCUCUCCUACAGCUUGCAUUUUGGGGGCCAGAGACACAUUGUCCACAUGAAGGUCAAGAAGCUCUUGAUUUCUAAACACUUCCUGGUGUUCACCUACACAGACCAGCAAGCCCUCCACCAGGAUCAGCCUUUUGUUCCUGACGACUGCUACUAUCAUGGUUAUGUGGAAGGAGUCCCCGAAUCCCUGGUUGCCCUCAGUACCUGUUCUGGAGGUUUUCGAGGAAUGCUACAGAUAAAUGACCUUGCUUAUGAAAUUGAGCCAGUUAGGUUUUCUGCCACAUUUGAACACCUGGUAUAUAAGAUAGUUAGUGAUGAUACCCAACUCCCACCUAUGAGAUGUGGGCUAACAGAAGAGGAAAUAGCACGACAUUUGCAGUUGAGAGCCUCAUAUAAUUCUACUCUGAUACAAAGUUCUUAUGCCGGCUGGUGGACCCACUUGCGGUUUCUUGAGCUGGGUGUAGUCAUGGACCAUAAUCGAUUCCUGUACUACGAAAGUAACGUGUCAGUAGUACAGCGUGAAGUAUUUGAUGUUAUCAAUAUACUAGAUAUCUUAUAUUACUCUUUGGAGGUUGAUGUAGUUUUGACUGGGAUUGAAAUCUGGAGUGAAAGAAACCUAGUUGUCGCUGAUCAGAUAGAUCAGCUUGUGGAGGAUUUUGCCCUUUGGAAGUCUGUCAAUCUUGAUGCCCGACUGCACCAUGAUACUGCCCAUCUUUUCAUAAAAAAACGUUUUGGCACAAAGCUUGGAGUUGCCUACGUUGGAGGGAUAUGCCAACGCCCUUUUAAUAGUGGAGUUGAUGUUUUUGAAGGAGACAGUCUGUUUUAUUUUGCACUUACUGUGUCCCAUGAACUUGGUCAUAAUUUGGGUAUGUUUCAUGAUACUGAGCAAUGUGUGUGUGGGCUUCAGUGGUGCCUAAUGUAUCCUUCCCGGAAGGUGACAACUAAGUUCAGCAAUUGCAGUUAUGCCCGGUACUGGGACAAUACUCUCUCUAGAGGGUCAUGUAUCAAGUCAUCUCCACAUUCUGCGAAUAUCUCUAUGGGACAGUUUUGUGGGAACUUAGUGAUUGAAGAAGGAGAGGAGUGUGACUGUGGCACCAUACACCAGUGUUUAAAUGACCCCUGUUGUCUGUUGAACUGUACUCUGAAGCCUGGAGCUGCUUGUACUUUUGGAAUUUGUUGCAAAGACUGCAAAUUCAUGCCAUCAGGGACUGUGUGCAGACAGCAGAUGAGUGAAUGUGACCUCCCCGAAUGGUGUAAUGGGACAUCUCAUCUGUGCCCAGAAGAUGUAUAUGUGCAGGACGGGGUUCCCUGUGGUGAUGAUGCCUACUGCUAUGAAGGGAGAUGUCCCAACCAUGACAAGCAGUGCAGGGAGAUUUUUGGCAAAGACGCAAGGAGUGCAUCUCAGAGAUGCUACAGAGAAAUCAACACCCAAGGAAAUCGAUUUGGUCACUGUGAUAUCGCAGACCUAAUAUACAUAAAAUGUGAGGCCCCUGAUAUUCUCUGUGGGAGAGUACAGUGUGAGAAUGUGGAAGUAAUUCCUAGUCUGAUACAGCAUUCUACAGUGCAUCAACUUCACCUCAAAAACAUCACUUGCUGGGGCACUGAUUAUCAUGUAGGGAUGUCCAUACCUGAUAUUGGCCAAGUGAAAGAUGGCACAGUGUGUGGUCAAAAAAAGAUAUGCAUCCACAAGAAGUGUGUCAACAUGACCUAUCCACCGCGAAGCUGUCAGGCUGAUGAGACCUGCCACAUGAACGGAGUCUGCAAUAAUAAACAGCAUUGCCACUGCAACUAUGGAUGGGCACCUCCCAAGUGCCAGCAUGUGGGCCAUGGAGGCAGUAUUGACAGCGGGCCACCUCCUCAGAACCAGGUGGCAUCAGAAGGAGAGAAAUGGUUGGACUACCUGAUAUUAUUGUGGUUCAUUCCUUUAACUCUUUUCGUUUUACUUUUCCUAAUUAUACUUGGUAAGAAAAUUUUGAAUGAAGAGGAGGAGCGGGAGGAGGAAGAGGAAGGCUAA